AUGUCUAACGACGAAGCCCGCCCGCCCAAGGUCUGGACUACCCUCAUCACAAACACCGACUACCUCCCUGGACUACUCACACUUGACUUCUCCCUCAAAAAAGUCAAUUCAAAAUACCCCCUCGUCGCUCUCUACACAGACUCCUUUUCCGCUGAAGGUCACAAAGCUCUCGAUGCCCGAGGAAUCCUAAAACAACGUGUCGACUACCUUCUUCCUUCCACACCAAAAGAAUACGAUAAUGACCCCCGUUUCUACGAUUGCUGGUCCAAGUUGACCCCUUUCUCCCUCGUCGAGUAUGAACGUGUCGUUCAGUUAGACUCCGAUAUGCUUGUCUUGAAGAAUAUGGAUGAACUCAUGGAAAUGGAACUUGAUCCUCCUUCUAUGGCUGGGAAUGGAAACAGAGUCUUCGCAGCGUGUCAUGCUUGUGCUUGUAAUCCCUUGAACAAGUCUCAUUAUCCUGCUGAUUGGAUCCCCAAAAAUUGCGCGUACACUUCUCAACAUUCCACACCAGAUGAAGCUCAAAUAACAGGUCCGGAUCCUAAUACCGCGCUUGGAAUGCCAAAUGGUGGUCUUCAAGUUGUGAACCCAUCCAAGGGGAUCUAUGAUAAGAUCGUUGCGAGACUUGCGGACACGAUAACUUCGAGUUAUGAUUUCGCGGAUCAGUCAUUACUCGGUGAUGUAUUCAGUGGUCGAUGGGUUGCGUUACCGUACAUCUAUAAUGCGUUGAAAACGCUAAGAUGGGAAGGUGUUCAUGAUUCUAUUUGGAGGGAUGGUGAGGUUAAGAAUGUGCAUUACAUUCUUAGUCCGAAGCCUUGGAAUGAGUGGGAGUUGCACAGUACUGAUUGGUCGGAGUUGGUGAAGAACACGAAGGAUAAGUCGCAUGUUUGGUGGUUCUCGGUGAACGAGGAGAGGAAAAAGAAGGAGAGGUUACAAGGCAUUGUGGACUCCUUUUAG